AUGCCUUCUAUCACCAUUGGUCAACAUCUUAUCAACCGUCUCAAGGAAAUCAACAUUGAUGUUGUUUUCGGUGUUCCCGGUGAUUUCAACAUGCCUUUGUUGGAUAUCAUUGAAGAUGAUAAGGAUAUGACCUGGGGUAACAAUGCUAACGAAUUGAACGCUUCUUAUGCUGCCGAUGGUUAUGCUCGUAUUCGUGGUGCUGGUGCCAUUGUCACCACUUUCGGUGUCGGUGAACUUUCCGCUGUUAACGGUCUUGCUGGCUCUUACUCUGAGAUGCUUCCCGUUAUCCACAUUGCUGGUACUCCUUCCACCAAGUCUCAAGCUGCUGGUGCUAUGCUCCAUCACUCUCUCGGUGAUGGUAACUUUGACGUUUUCUACAACAUGUCUUCCAUGAUCUCUUGUGCCUCUACUCAUUUGAAGAAGCAAAACGCCAUUGCUGAGAUUGAUCGUGUCAUCACUCAAGCCGUUCUCUCCAAGCGUACUGGUUACAUUGGUCUCCCUAUCGAUCUCAUCCACUACGAGGUUGAGGUUCCCGAGAUUGCUCCUCUUGUUGUCUCUCUCCCCAAGAAUCCUGAACAAACUCAAGAAAUUGCCCUCAAGGUUGUCUCUGAGGCUAUUUCCAAGGCUUCUCACCCCGUCAUUGUUGUUGAUGGUUGUGUUCUCCGUCACCACAUUGAAAAGGAUGUUGAGGCUUUCGUCAAGCGCUCUGGUUUCCCCACCUACGUUGCACCUAUGGGUAAGGGUGCUGUUGAUGAGUCUCUCCCUGAAUACCGUGGUUGUUACUCUGGUAACAUCACUCUUGAGUCCAUUGAUGAAGAAAUCAAGAAGGCCGAUUUGAUCAUUGAGAUUGGUUCCAUCAAGUCUGAUUUCAACACUGGUAACUUCUCUUACUCUCUUGACCGUACCAAGACCAUCACUCUCCACUCUUUCGCCACCAUCGUUUUCUGUGCCGAAUACCAAAAGGUCUCCAUGGUUGAAUUCCUUCCUCUCUUGACCGCCUCUCUCCCCAAGGAACCUCGUACCUUCAACCUCGGUCCCCGUGGUAAGCCUCUUCCUAUCGAAGCCGGUACUGAGAUCACCCACAACUACCUCUGGAACAAGGUUCCCGAAUACAUUGAUGAGAACGCUAUCAUCUGUGGUGAAACUGGUACUUCUGAAUUUGCUUGUUUGAACUUGGAUGCUCCCAAGGGCGCUACCUUCAUAACUCAAUUCCUCUGGGGUUCCAUUGGUUUCUCUGUUGGUGCCGCUGUUGGUGCUGCUAUUGCCAACCGUCAACGUCGUGUCUACCUCUUCGUUGGUGAUGGUUCCUUCCAAUUGACUGCUCAAGAACUUUCUGUCAUGCUUCACCACGGUCUCACUCCCGUCAUCAUCCUCUUGAACAACGACGGUUACUGUAUUGAGAAGCUCAUUCACGGUCCCGAUAGAGAUUACAACAACUUCCAAAUGUGGCAAUACAGCAAGACCCUCGAUUACUUCGGUGCUCAUCUCGAGCGUAAUGCUGGUUGUUCCAAGGUUGGUUUCGAAGGUAAGGUCGCUACUCGUGACGAAUUCGAAGCUGCUAUGAAGGAUAUUCAAGCCCAACCCGACAAGAUGCACUUCAUCGAAGUCAUCAUGCCUCGUUUCGAUGCUCCUCGUGAACUUAAGCUUCUCGUCGCUACCUCCGAGAACCGUUAA